AUCGUCGCCGUCGCCACUACCGCCGCCACCGCGCCCCAGCUCCGGCUCUCGCUCCCGCGCCCUCCCGGCCGGCCAUGCCUCUCCGCCGCGCCCAGGCGCCGGGUGCGCAGCUGCUGCCCGCGCUGGCCCUUCUGCCGCUGCUGCUGGGCGCUGGGCCCCGCGGUGGCUGCCUGGCCAGCCCGGUGCCGGCCGCGCCCCUGCCCGCACCGGGACCGUGCGCCGCGCAGCCCUGUCGGAAUGGGGGCGUGUGCACCCCGCGUUCCUCGCCCGGCCAGGAGCACCCGGACCCCAACGCUGAGCCCGGCUACAGCUGCACCUGCCCGGCUGGGGUCUCCGGCACCGACUGCCAGUUUGUUGCAGAUCCUUGUGUCAGCAACCCUUGUCACCAUGGCAACUGCAGCAGCAGCAGCAGCAGUGAUGGCUACCUCUGCAUUUGCAAUGAGGGCUACGAAGGUCCCAACUGUGAACAGGCGCUUCUUCCCAGUGUCCCGGCCUCUGGCUGGACCGAGUCUAUGGCACCCAGACAGCUUCAGCCUGUCGCUGCGACCCAGGAGCCUGACAUAAUUCUGCCCCGCUCUCAAGCAACAGCAACACUGCCAACCUGGCAGCCAAAAACAGGGCAGAAAGUUGUAGAAAUGAAAUGGGACCAAGUGGAGGUGAUCCCAGAUGUUGCCUGUGGGAAUGCCAGUUCUAAUAGCUCUGCUGGUGGCCGCCUGGUAUCUUUUGAAGUGCCACAGAACACCUCAGUCAAAAUUCGGCAAGAUGCCACUGCUUCACUGAUUUUGCUAUGGAAGGUCACGGCCACAGGGUUUCAACAGUGCUCCCUCAUAGACGGACGAAGUGUGACCCCCCUCCAGGCUCCAGGGGGCCUUGUCCUCUUGGAGGAGAUGCUGGCCUUGGGACACAAUCACUUUAUUGGUUUUGUGAAUGAUUCUGUCACUAAGUCUAUUGUGGCAUUGCGUUUAACUCUGGUGGUGAAGGCCAGCACCUGCAUGCCGGGGGACAGCCAUGCGAAUGUCAUGGAAUGUUCAGGAAAAGGAAAAUGCACCACGAAGCCAUCAGAGACAACUUUUUCCUGCACCUGUGAGGACCAGUACGUGGGCACGUUCUGUGACGAGUUCGAUGCUUGCCAGGGAAAGCCCUGUCAGAACGAGGCCAGCUGCAUUGACGCGAAUGAGAAGCAGGGCGGGAGCAACUUCACCUGCGUUUGCCUUCCUGGUUAUACUGGAGAGCUUUGCCAGUCCAAGAUCGAUUAUUGCAUCCUUGAUCCAUGCAGAAAUGGAGCCACAUGUGUUUCUAGCCUCAGUGGAUUCUCCUGCCAGUGUCCAGAAGGAUACUUAGGCUCUGCCUGUGAAGAAAAGGUGGACCCCUGUGCCUCAUCACCAUGCCAGAACAAUGGCACCUGCUAUGUGGAUGGGGUGCACUUUACCUGCAGCUGCAGCCCGGGCUUCAGGGGACCAACCUGCGCCCAGCUGGUUGACUUCUGUGCCCUCAGCCCAUGUGCUCAUGGCACGUGCCGCAGCGUGGGAACCAGCUACAAAUGCCUCUGCGAUCCAGGUUACCAUGGCCUCUACUGUGAGGAGGAAUACAACGAGUGCCUGUCUGCUCCAUGCUUGAACGCCGCCACCUGCAGGGACCUUGUUAAUGGCUACGAGUGUCUGUGCCUGGCAGAAUACAAAGGUGAGCAGCUGCUCAGUCUUCUUGGGCCAGGGUGA